CUUGGUUUGUUGCUAAUGGUUGGGCUUGGGCACAAUAUAAAGGUGUAGCAUAUAUAAAUUCAUGGAUUAUCACUGGUACACUUUUAAUAUUUGCUUGUUUGUUCUUUUUUUUUAAAAAAAAAAAAUCAAAAUCAAAAUCAAAACAAGCAUAAAUUAGAAAAGCAAACAAAGACGAGGCAACGCCACUCCUCUAAUAUCUUUCAGUUUUUUAGAGUUCCGUCGUUACACCCAAUUCCAAAUUAGUUCUCACUGCCAGCCUGCCAGUUCGUUGAACCUUAACAUGUAUUGUUAUUGAUUACUUGGGUAAUAGAUUUGUAUUGUCAAAGGAAAGAAAACAACGAUGGCUCUUAUUAGUUAUCACCCUCUACCUCAAUUGAGCACUCUCAGUGUUAAAGCUCCCAAGGCUUGCAUGAACCUUACUUUCAACUAUUCCUCAUCUAAAGGAGGUGAAACUCUGAAGAAACCUUGCAGCCCUAGACACGAAAUGGGUAGUAACCAAGUACUUGUAACCAAUUCCAUGGCACCCGAAAAGAUUGAGAUUUUCAAGUCCAUGGAAAGCUGGGCAGAAGAUAACAUUUUGGUGUAUCUGAAGCCAGUAGAUAAAUGCUGGCAGCCCCAAGAUUUUCUUCCUGAACCAACUUCAGACGGCUUUUACGAUCAAAUCAAAGAGCUGCAGGAGAGAGCCAAGGAGGUUCCAGAUGAUUACUUUGUUGUUUUGGUAGGACAUAUGAUUGCUGAAGAAGCACUUCCUACUUACCAAACUAUGCUUAAUACUUUUGAUGGAGUAAGAGAUGAAACCGGGGCUAGUCCGACUUCAUGGGCUACUUGGACUAGAGCUUGGACUGCUGAAGAAAAUAGACAUGGUGAUCUUCUUAACAGGUAUCUCUAUCUCUCUGGCCGCGUUGAUAUGAGAGCUAUCGAGAAAACAAUUCAGUACUUGAUUGGCUCGGGAAUGGACCCAAGAACUGAAAACAAUCCGUAUUUAGGUUACGUAUACACGUCAUUUCAAGAAAGGGCAACAUUCAUUUCACACGGCAAUGCUGCAAGACUAGCCAAACAACAUGGUGAUCUGAAGCUAGCACAAAUUUGUGGCCUUAUUGCUGCAGAUGAAAAACGCCACGAAAAUGCUUACAGCAAAAUAGUGCAGAAACUGUUUGAAAUAGAGCCUGAUACAACCAUCCUCGCUUUUUCUGAUAUGAUGAGGAAGAAGAUCUCUAUGCCGGCCCAUCUCAUGUAUGAUGGUCGCGAUUACAAUUUGUUUGAUCAUUUUGCUGCUGUUGCUGCUCGGCUUGGAGUUUACUCUGCCAGAGAUUAUGCUGAUGUUAUGGAACAUUUGGUGAACUAUUGGGAAGUUGAGAAGCUCACCAGCCUUUCGCCUGAAGGGCGAAAAGCUCAGGAAUUUGUUUGUGGUUUACCCCAAAGAUUUAGAAUCAUUGCAGAGAGGUCUCAAGGAAGAGCAAAACAAGCGCCCUUCAUGCCUUUUAGUUGGGUUUAUGAUAGAGAAGUCAGGCUUUGAGCUCUUAAUUCUUUUGUUGCUGAACUUGUUAUGGUCUUGUAAUUAAUUUGCGCGAACUUGCUUCUUUAUCAACAGAUUAAAAUUCUGAUAGAUAAAUAGAGCAAUUUAAGCAGAAGAUAGAUAAAAAUUAGUACAUCUCAAACAAUAGUUCUGUAAUUAAAAAUGUGCAACUCGCUGUUCAAGAAUCCGGCCCUUUUACAAUGAAAAGUAAUUACAAGCAAUCA